GAAUACUGAGCCGAUACUUGCUGCAACCAUACCUCCCAUUGGGCAUCCACUUGUUCUCACGAUGUACUAUAUCCUCUACCUUGCGAGUAUGUAAUCUUUUGUUUGUUCUCUCCCUUCAUGAUGCCUUGAUGGGUUGCUCCGAUUGGAGAAAGAAGCGGUCUGGUCUUUUGUUUUGGGACCCUGCAAGCCGUUUGACUAUGGUGUGCUUCAUGUGUUGUUUUAUCUAUACCCUCUGUGAUUUGCGAGCGUUUAUCUCGGGGAAUUUCGAAUACCUAUCGCCAGAUAUCUAGAUCCAAAUCGUGCAGUGUCCAAUAACAUAUGUGUACAGGUCUCUGCCAGCGCCGCAAGUGGCCGAACCCGUCAUAUGAGCCAUACGCAGCCUCAUCCGGGUAUACGUGCAUUGUCCGU